AUGAGAGGACAGGGACCACGAGAGGACAGUGUUAGGACAGGGACCACGAGAGGACAGGGACCACAAGAGGACAGGGACUGCAAGAGGACAGGGACCAUGAGAGGACAGGGACCGCGAGAGGAAAGCGUCCGCGAGAAGACAGUGUUAGGACAGGGGCCACAAGAGGACAGGGACCAUGAGAGGACAGGGACCACAGGAGGACAGGGACCACGAGAGGACAGGGACCACAGGAGGACAGGGACCACAGGAGGACAGGGACCGCAAGAGGACAGGGACCGCGAGAGGACAGGGACCGCGAGAGGACAGGGACCGCGAGAGAACAGGGACCGCAAGAGGACAGAGACCGCAAGAGGACAGGGACCGCGAGAGAACAGGGACCGCAAGAGGACAGAGACCGCAAGAGGACAGGGACCACGAGAGGACAGGGACCACGAGAGGACAGGGACCACGAGAGGACAGGGACCGCGAGAGGACAGAGACCGCAAGAGGACAGGGACCACGAGAGGACAGGGACCACGAGAGGACAGGGACCACGAGAGGACAGGGACCACGAGAGGACAGGGACCACGAGAGGACAGGGACCGCGAGAGGACAGGGACCGCGAGAGGACAGGGACCACGAGAGGACAGGGACCACGAGAGGACAGGGACCAUGAGAGGACAGUGA